CCUCACAGGAGCAGAACUUGGACAAUGGGCUUGGAAGCCACGGGACAGAGAACAGUCAAAUAAAACAGGAGAACCAGAUGGAAAUGUCUCUGUUGGAAAACUCCUCUCCCCUUGGAGCCUCCUCAUCCAUUAUGAUGUCACAUUGUAUUUUCUCCUUCUGGAUCCCAUUGACUUAGCAACUUCUCCUCGUAGGCUUCUGAAGGUCAGGGACAGGUCUUGGGUAGCCAGCAGGGGGCCCUGGUGCCUGAUCAUGUGCCCCAGGAAGGUGACAGUGCCCCACAGCAAUGUUCCUCCCCCCUGGGCUCUGUCUAGCAUUUUUGCUGCCUUCAACGUUGUGCUGUUGAUCACCAUCAGUGGACUGUUCUUCUCCUUUCCUUGCAGGUGGCUUGCUCAGCAUGGUGACUGGGUGUCUCCCACCAUCACGGGGUUCCUUUUUGUUCCCACUCUGGUCAGUCUCAUUUUUCUCAAUUUCUCUGACCCUGGCAUUCUCCACCGAGGCUCAGAGUGGCAGUGUCCACUGGCCAUCAAGGUAGUGUGGGUGAACAGGAGAGCUUUCCACCUUCAAUGGUGCCAGAGGUGCUGCUACCAUCGUCCUCCCCGAACCUACCACUGUCCCUGGUGCAACAUCUGUGUGGAGGAUUUUGAUCACCAUUGCAAGUGGGUCAAUAACUGCAUUGGCCAACGCAACUUCCGAUGCUUCAUGCUGCUGGUGGUCUCGCUCUGCCUCUACACGGGAGCCCUGCUUUCUGCCUGCUUGGCCUUCCUGAUCCGAACAUCCCAACAGCCAUUCUCCGUGGAUAAGGCCGUUGCCAUUGUGGUUGCCGUCCCAGCUGCUGCCUUCAUGCUGCCGCUGCUACUACUACUGUGUACACAAGCUCUGUCCGUGAGCUCGGCUGAGCGCUCUUACGAGGUCAAGUGCCGUUACCUGCAGGGUUAUAAUCCCUUUGACCAGGGCUGUGCCAGCAACUGGUACUUAACGUUUUGUGCACCACUGGGACCUAAGUAUAUGGCAGAAGCUAUCCGGCUGCAGAGGGUGGUAGGGCCAGACAGGGCCCGAAAACCCAGAUUAUGUUCCCUUCAGUGGCAUGCUGCUCCUUGCCCCAACUCUGUGCCUUACUCUCAGUCGACCAGUGUAUCCUGUCCCUACGCUGUCGCUACGCCCAACCUUCAUUCUGUUGGUGACGUGCCAGGCCUUCACCCUACCAACAUGCCAAGACCUCACCCCACCAAUGUGCCAGGUUCCCAUUCUGUUCCCGUGCUUGCCCCCCAACUCAUCCAUAUGAAAUCGUGCGCAGGGAGAGGUCCGUUGGGGACUGGGAAAGCAGCUCCUCAGCCAAAGCUUCCAGGCAUGGGUGUUCUUCCUCAACUAAAAGAGGCCCAGAGACAAGCUUUGGGGAGCUGCCUACCUGGAGCUGGCCCUUGCCAAGGAGCUCUGCUAUGCCAAGACCGCCCUUCCCUGGGCUCUUUCCUUUGAGCCGCAACAUGUCGGACUCCUCCUUCCCAGAUCCCAUCCUGUCCUUUUCCCAUUCUGGCUCUCACUGGUGUGAGCAUUUGAUUCCUCCAGAGUCUUCAUUAAAUAUCUAUCCUUUUACUGA